AUGGAGAAUGCAAGCAGCACGAUUGACCUGAAUACAAGCAACAUUUUACAGGCUCAGGUUGAUAACAAGAAGUUAAUUGCUAUUUAUACUGACGGUUCUAAAUCGGAUGAAUAUGUUGGCUCAGCUUUCGUUAGCCAGGAUGAAAUCGUGGCAGAACAAAUUGAAUCAAAUUCAUCUAUCUUUACUGCAGAGCUGCAGGCUAUUUAUCUAGCUUUAAAGUAUGUAUUCAGAAAAGGUCAUCGUUGUUGCGUGAUUUACACUGACUCAGUUAGUUCCCUUCAAGCUUUGAUUUCAUGUGAACCUAGUUUUUACUCCAUAGUGAUUAAAAUUCGUAAAUUGUUUUGCCAUCUUCUUGCAAGGAAUUUCUCUAUAAAAUUUUGUUGGGUCUCAGGCCAUGUAGGUAUAAGAGGAAAUGAAGUAGCUGACGCAGCUGCAAAGUCAGCUAGUUUUUCACAGCAUACAAUGCAUAUUGAAGGAGGCGAUUUGAAGCUACUCGUUAAGAAACGACUAGUGGCGAGAUGGCAAAAUAUGUGGAAUGCACAAGUCCACAAUAAACUACAUGAGAUCAAACCUAUGAUAGAAAAUUGGACACAUAAUAAAUAUUAUGACAGGAGAUUUGAGGUUAUUUUCACUCGUCUGAGGAUUGGACAUACUUGGUUGACUCAUCAAUACGUUUUGAAGGAUGAAGAGCAACCAGUAUGCCAGUAUUGCAACUGCUCUCUAAGUGUUAAACUCAUACUGCUCUAUUGGUUUGCCUUUGAGAACUGUCGUAGACAGCAUUUUGGAAAUGCAAGUUUCAAAGAGAUUCUGGGCCAGAGACCAAAUCAUUAUAAUGUAUUGGACUUUUUAAAAGUCAUUAAUUUGUAUAAAGAAAUUUAAUUAAUUAUUUAUUUAUAUAUUUAUUUCAAUUUUGCAUGUUGUUGUCUGUUUGUACUUACUAUGUGAAUAUUUAUUUUUAUUGUUGUUAUUUAUUUAUUUAGUUAUUAUUGUCAUAUGUUAGUUAUCUAUCAUGUUUAAAAUUUUUUAAUAAUUUGCCCUGGCGCAGCAUAGCCUAUAUGGCUCUUGUGCCAAUUAACAAAAACCAACCAACCAACCUACUUUUCCUUUUUCAGUUAAUUUCAUUGAGUCUUCUUUGUCCAUGCUUAAUUUUUCAGCAGGAUCCUGUAAAAAGUGAAAAAUUCUCAUUUCUGAUAUAAUAAUCUUACAUUACUUGUACUGAUUUUUUAUUAACUCAAAAAAUAUUUAUUUAAUAAUAAACAAUUUGCAGCCAUUUUAAAUAACAUAUUUUAUCAGAUUGUGCAUUGUUGUCAUGGGUUUUUCAGUUAUAAACCUUCAAAUCAUAAAAAUUAUUAAAUUAGUUUCAAUUAAUUCCAUUGAAUUUUAAUUUAGAGAUGAAGACGAUUUUGCUUCUUAUUUUUUCUUACGUGCUGCCAGAUCCAUAAUAAUAUGUACUAUUACUUGUACAGAAUCCUCCACGGUGACUUCUUUUUGAUCACAUGAAAUUUCUUCCUUUGAACUAUUAACUUGUACUUUAUUAUCCGCAAUCUAAACAAUGAAUGUAAACACGAUAAACACAGAAAUCGUAACACUUUCUUUGCCUGAAUUCAAAAAUUAUAUAGGAAUUUGAAAAAAGAGAAACAAAGCAAAUAACAAACACUUAUAACCAAAUAAACACAUGAAAUUGUUAUUCUAAAAACAUACUUUGAAUCUUUAUUUUAUAGGAAAUUUACAAGAAUAAAUAUUAAAAUUUAAAAAAAUCAAUUAAUUUCUGCUUAUAAAUUUCUUAAAUGAAACGUGAUAUAAAAGCAUAAAUAUUGCAUUGUGAUUUGGCAUUAUUAAUUGUAUAGAAAGUGUAAAUUGUUUCAAUCAUAAAGUCAACUGAAAAUGUAAUAUUAAUGAAGAAUUAUUCUCUGUCGAAGUAAACGAACGAAUAUUUAUUUGCGUAUACUUAAAAGCUUACUUUAUCUUCAUUGAUACAAUUUAAUAAAAUGUCUGAGUAAAAUGAGUUUUAAAUUUUCAGUUUUCAGAUUAACUUCAAAAAUGUAAAUAAUAAAAUGUUCAUUUAUAUCUUUAUACUCGAGAAGCAACGAUAAAAUCAAUCGACAAUCAAUCGAUAAGUUUAACCAAUUAAAAAUAAUUGCCACAUUUGUUACUCUUUCGUUACAACUUUUUUUCUUAUAAAUGAGCAUUGUUUUCAUUUAUAUAGCGGCGAAUAUCGAUAUAUUUGCUGUAUCUGUAUUCAGCAAUAUUGAUAAAUAAUGGAUAAAAACAUUUUGUAAAUAUAAAAUAUAGCAUUGCUCGGUGAACAAAAUUUCAAAUGUACUCAAAAUCAAGUCGUAAAUGUACUUUAAACACUAGUACAUUUGCCUUUAGAUUACAGUUGUGACAACUUUUCAUAAGAUUAUUAUAAAUUAACAAGAGAUUUCCAUCUUAUUUUUCAAUAUCUUAUUGUAAAAAUGUUAUCUGUUUGCUUCUUUUUAUUCAUCUUAAUGGAAUCGAAUAUUUAAAUACUAGUAGCCCGGGACGCCCCCCUAGUGGGCGUUAUUUACAAAUUUCCAUAAAACACGGUUCCUUUGACUUUUUUGUUCCUAUCAAUAUGUUGUACAGUUCCGUUAAAGUCCCAAUAGUAAGAUUUACCCUCCAAAUGAAGGGGUGGCAACCCUCCAAACUGUAGCCCCCUAUGCGAGCAAUAAAGUCAAAGGAACCAUACCCCUACUCGCGACCCUUUGCGAGAUAUAAGCUUGUGAAAAUUCGCCCACGUCAUUUCCAGUCACAUGACAUCGUUGUCAAAAGGGAGUCUACUGCGUGAAAAAAAAAUUAACGCGCGCUUGUCCAUACUCGGGGGUCGCCGACCCGCUCGUUCGUGGGGUAAAUUGUGGCAAACAGGCGGUCACCCGUAGAAUAAUUUUCAGAGGGCUAUAUCUCGGAAAGGGUCGCGCAUAGGGGUAUGGUUCAUUAGACAUUUAUCGUUUGCACAAAGGGGGUCGCAAACCCUUUCAUUCGGAGGGUAAAUCUUAUUGUCCCAAUCGCGUCAUAUGGAUCUAUAUUUCUAUCUAUUAAACAUUCUAUAAAUACUUUAAAAUAGUUUAAUUUGUUUAUUUACCUUCGCUUGUAAUACUUGAUUUUAAAUGUAUUCGCCAUUUUUUCAACAAAUUUCCCGUGAGUCAAUGCGCGACGUUUACUGACUUAUGAGUCAUGGGAUGUUGUAAACAUGCAGCGCAAGGUUAAUCAAGGCAUAUAAUAAGGCAAGGCACAUAAUAAUUAUUUAUACCAAAUAUAAUUUAUUGUUAAUUUAAAAUCUUUGCUAGGGCGCCUCUAGUGACUGUUUUUUCCGUUAUGUGGACAGACUGAUAGGUCACACUUUUUUAUGCAGCGAAAAUGUAGCGUAAAUGACGUCAUGAGCAGCAACCGCUGCAUGGCAUUUUAAAAACGCUUGUCGCUGAAGCAAAAUGGACACUGUCCCUUGUUCACUGAUUUCAGUUUUAGAAAGCAACAUAUUAUUUAAAAAAUUACAAGAGAAUAAAAAAAAGGAGGUAUGAAGAUUUAAUGGUUGGCAUCGCUGUUUCCAAUGAACGUAAAAAAUCUAGGUGACAGAAUAUACAAAAUUACGUUGAAGAGGUCGUACUUUCAUAUUGUAUGGAUGACUUCAAAGCUCAUUUUAGACUCACAAAAAGUUCAACAGAAGUAAGUUUUUAACUUAAAA